UUGACUAUUGAUUGAUAAAUAUUUACCUUAUUAUACAUUGAGAAUUGUAAUAAACAGUUAGAGUAAUUUAAUUAGUUGGGUUCUGUUUCUGAAGUCUAAAUUAAUCAUCAAAGGAAUUUAAAUAGUGUUGUGUACCUAUGUAGAAUUUGAUGAUGGCAAUUUCAGACCAAUAAAAAGGAACAUGGAAAUCUAAUUUCAUUGCGAUAUAAAAUGGGAAAAACAAGUAAAGUUGUUGUAUGUGGCAUGAAAGGUGUGGGCAAGACAGCUGUUCUUGAACAACUUAUUUACGGAAAUGUUAAUUUAAAGUCUUCCUUUUACGCUACAAUUGAAGACAUUUAUGUUGCUAACAUUGAAACAGACCGUGGGACCAAGGAACGUGUUUGUUUUUUUGACACUGCUGGCUUAGAACCUCCUAUAACAGGUCCACCUCAGUCACCUACACUGCAACUGACAGCAAAUCAAAUCCUACAGAGACAUUACCUUGGCUUUGCUGAAGGCUUUGUGUUUGUGUAUGACACGACAAAACCAGAAUCUUUGGAUGUUCUUAUGUACUUAAAGAAGGAUAUUGACAGAAAUAAAGAUAAAAAGGAGGUUGUGAUGCUGGCCAUAGGAAACCGCACGGGCCUGGAUGAUGUGAACAGUCUAGAAAACACAUGCUCAAAGGCGUCCAACUGGUGUUCUCGAGAGAAAAUCCGUCAUUUUGAAGUUUCCGCUAUGGAUCGUCCCUCUCUAUACGAGCCAUUCAUAUAUCUGACAUCUAAAUUAAACCCGGUUCAGAACAAAACUACCUUCCCACAGCUGAGUACAUUGAGUAAGCUGACACAGAAGAACUAUAGGAGUGAUACAUAACAUCGUCUGUUCAAUCUAUGCCCCUUUUGUUAUCACACUUAAAAUCUAUAUCUAGAUUGAGUUGUGACGCAUGAGAACAGCAGAAUCUAAAAACUAGGCAAAACCGGAUAUCUGUGAUUCAAACACUCAGUGGACAUUGUGACCCGUGUAUCUAUUACACAGAUAUAUCAGGACUCUUUAAAAUGGAACUCACACCCUAUCUGUGCUUACACUAAUUGUGUUAUAAGGGUAAAAAAGAGAAAGCUCAAUUCUAUUACUCUUUGUAUUGAGGCCUUUUGUUUUGCCUUGUGCCCAAAAGCUUCACAAGCGUAGCAAUUGCUUACAUUGUCUUAACGAACAAUAUUGGAGGUAUCACUGUUUUAAUUUUCAACAUGAUAUGAUUACAAUAAGAAAUUUGCUUUAAAAGAUUUAACAAUUUUAUAGCUUUAUGUUGAUGUUAUCUAGCUCUAAGUAGGAAAAAUACCAUUUAUUGUACUUAAACUGUGUAUUGCCACUAUUGUGUAUUGGCAGACUAUUUUACUGCUACAAAUUCGAAUACUGAAUUAUUAUCUGAAUCUCAAUUGACUGAUCUAUUGCAAUAGAUUUUUAAACUAUUUUAAUUUCUUAGUAUUACUAUAAACUUUGCUCCUUGGAACGAGGAGUGAAUCUUGUCAAAUAAUUAUCUGUGUCUGGUAAAUUAUGUGGUGACAUUUUUAGUGUCUGCUAGACGUCACUACAUGGUGGUGUGCAGCAUCUGAACAUGCGGAGUGAAAUAUAUUAAAAUGACUUUAAUAUAUUAUACUCCACACAGUCUAUGCUGGUUAGGUAGCUAUGAGAUGCAUACUGAUGUAGGUAUAUAAGUAGGAAGUUGAGAUUUUUGUCAAACUAAUGAAUUUUUAUGAUGGCAUGAUGACAGUAAGUAUUGAAGAAUACCAAAAAUCAAGGUUUUGUGUAAAUAUUGUUCUUUCUGAAGAGUCACAUUGGACACCGCAACAAUUAUGACGAGUUUAUUCACUCGAAAUUUAAAGUAGAUUUGCAUUACAGCGUUUUAUAUCUUUAAGAUAAAUUUAGAUUGUAAAAUAGCACACAUUGACCGUCAUUAUUUAUAUAAGAGCAAUCCAAAAUCUUUCAUCAUGCCUAUUAAUAAGUAAUCAAUGGAAUUAAUAUAUUAAUUAGCAUAGUUAAGCUAAAGUUUGUAGUGUAAUUCCUCAAACAUGUUUACUAUAGAUUUGUUGUAAGGAGGUAAUUAUAAUAUACAUAUUAUCAAUUCAUAACAACACAAGCGCCACCACUUAGACAUAAAUUCUUUACAAUAAUUCAUUAAUGGCGGAUUUGAUGCACCUUUUACGGCAGCUAUUCAGCUUAAUUGAAUUUUGGUGUUAAUAAAAAUAAGUGUUUAUGCUAAAAACCACUUAAAGUAAUUGUUGAUGUGUAUGUUAUACUUAUGCCGUUCCUGUUGCUAAAUAUUUAAAACCGCGGUUUUUGAAUGGUUUGCAAUAUUAUUCUCUUUGGUCAUAAUGGGCAACACGAAAAAAUAUUAUUAUAUUGUUUCGUUUUUUUAGUUGGACGUAAUUCCAGAAAAACGUUCCAAACCACAAUCAUGUCGAAAUUGAGUUAAGAACACAAAACUAGUCACGUGAUACAUAAUUUUAACGGACUGACAAAAAAUGGCAGCAAUAGUGUCACUGUUUAAAUGACAUCAUGACUUAGUAGCACAACCCACAUAUGGAAUACAUAUUUCUUAAACUUUAAACACGAAUUCUUUAAAAUGUGAUGUUUUUGGCUUAGAAUGUUUUUCAGGAACUACUUCAAUUUCAAACACGAAAUAGGUUAACGAAUAGAAAAAUAUGUAAAUAAUUAUAUAUCAUUUUGAUCUCUUGUUGGGAUUCCAGUGUUUCCAAAUGAGAAGAAAAUUAUAAUUGAGUUAUUUACAAUAAUUUUAUUUAUUGCUCAUAGUAGUGUUUAAGCUUAAAAUGUACUUAAUGACUAUUUAUUGUUUUUAAAUAAAC